AUGAUUGGGAAAGAGAAGACGUGGACGUGGUGGCUCCAUGACAAUGGAGGGCUUAAUUUUGGGAUCGAUAAAAUUCUAGAGACAAAACCACGAGGAACCAUUCGUAUAGGACUUGACAUUGGAGGAGGAGCGGGCACAUUCGCGGCCAGGAUGAAAGAGAGGAAUACAACCAUUAUCACCACCUCUAUGAACUUGGAUGGUCCCUUCAACAGUUUCAUUGCAUCAAAGGGGACAAAUACCAAUGCAUUUAAGUGUUUCCCAGAGACUUCCCUUCUUUGA